AAUGCACGCUCACCACUGCCCAAAUCUGAACCUUCCCUUUCCUUUCCACUUCACUUUUUCACUUGCCACAAGAUACACACACUUUCUCUCUCUACCACCCUCUCUCUCUCUCUAACCACCAAUUAUAGUUCUUUCUUACUUUCCGAUGGGUUUUCCGGUGGGUUACGCUGAAGUAUUCUUCCCAAACCUAUUCCUUCACACCUUAACCCUCCUAGGACUUCUCCGAAACCUCGUAUUCCUCCUCUUCCACUUCCUCGGCCUCUCCGAUUUCCUCGAAACCGACGUCAUCUGGCCAGACACCACCGGAGCCACCGCAAGAACGCCGGAAACUUCCAAAAGCCCCUCCGUAUCGGCGCUUCUGAUCCAAGAGCUUCUCCCGGCGUCGAAAUUCGGCGACCUCGUCGGCGUCGAAGAAGGUUGCUGUUGUGCUGUUUGUCUGUUCGAAUUCUCCGAGGAGGAAGAGAUCCGGUGUUUGAGGAACUGUAGACACAUUUUUCAUAGAAAUUGUGUGGACCGUUGGAUUGAUCAUGAUCAGAAAACGUGUCCACUUUGUAGAACACCUUUUGUACCGGAUGAUAUGAUUGAUGAUUUUAAUCAACGGCUCUGGGCUGCUUCUGGCGUUACUGAUUUUUAUGGAUACGAAGAAGAAUACGCUUCUUCUUUCUAAUUUUUAAUAAUAAUACUUCUUUUCUUUUUUUAAAUUUUUGGUGGGGUUUGUGGAAUUAUGAAGAUGAAAUGUAUAUAACAAAACAAAAAAUAAAGUAAAAGAAAAAAAAAGGAAUUUUUGCACGACUAUAUAGUAGUACACUUUAUUUGAAUGAUUGAUGCUGUUGUUGGAUGUUCAUCCCCUCUCUCUCUCUCUCUCUGCCAUGCCUUGUGUUACUGAAUAUUUGUGUAUGAUAAUAAUGAGCAGCGUAUUUAUUAAA